AUGAUGCAUCCCGUCGUCCCCUACUACAGACGCGACAUCGAACGCAUUGAUAGCAGAGCCCGACAACUCUUCGACCGGUCUGCCGCAGACGGUCCCAUCCCUGAGUACUUCACUCAGCACGGCGACCAGGGCGACGACCUCGACGGUAGCUGUGGAGGUCUCACGAUCGGCUAUUCGUUGUAUCGCGCUCUAGCUCGUUUACUCAUUGGCGACGCAAAGGCCUGGCCGUUGAUCCGUGAUGCAGUCUUGCAUUUCGCUUUCACAGUCUAUUCAAAUCGGUCGCAUCCGCUGCACGCCCGUUACAAGAUCUACGAACAUGAUGUUGCGUCAGACACGGGCUACGACCUCUUUGCACUGCUCGAUUGCCCAGACUUUCGACCCGAUGCCGCAAUCUUCUGGAUCGUCGCCCAAACCCUCGAUGUUCGCAUCUGCAUUCACAAGCACCUAGUUGGUCCCACCAGUUCGAGAUUCCCGCCAGCUAAGUUCGGCGCCGAGAACAGACAACGAGUCCACCUGCUGCAGGAGACAAUCGACAUCUUCCCUGACGACAAGUGGUCCUUUGGGCACAAGACAGUAUUUCGGUCUCUACUGCCCGACGCUUCGGGCAGAGACAUUGUGAGGUACGUGUUGUAUCAGCAUUUUAUUUUCCACUUCGGUUUGGACAACGAGCCGUUCGAGCACAGACGGAAUCAUACCCCAGCAUUGGAGCAAGUCAGCUGGACUUGGACACCAAACCAGGCCACCGUAGCAGCCGAAGACGUUAGGUGCUACAAUGGUUUCCGGGACGAGAAUGUACUACGAGACUUGAGGUCUAUCACCACUUCCAAUCGCAUGGACACAUUUGCGAUGGCUGUUCACGACCCACGCCAAGUCAACUUCGCUCUAGAGACCUUCAACAGGAUUCUUAGUAAAGCGCCGAACCAGUUUAAUGGCGUCAAAGUCUCGGGCGAGUGCAGGCCUGGUACGCUGCUCCCAUACUGCUCCAUCGAUGUGGAGUUCUUGAGACUACCCCGAGGGCUUGUGGCCGGCAAAUCACCAAACCAGGUAACUCGCAUGGUCGAGCGGGGAGAAGUGGAUGAGAUCUGCUCUGUGCUCACCCUUGGAGUUGGAAAGCAUGUGGUCAUCAUGUUCUAUCUCGCUCAAAUGCUGGAACAUCCCAAUGGGGAGACCAUCCCUGCAAUCGAGCGUGUCUUCCAAGCCACCAUCUUCAACACUAAGCUGCUCAAGUUGUGGUGGAAUCCCCAAACGGAUUUUCGCGUUCUCGAAAUGACGAUGGCGUAUAUGUAUCAGGGUACGCCAGGUACAGCUCACAAUGCAGCUCACAAUGCAGCUCGUGGAGAUCCAGGUUGCUUUUCCAGGCCGCGAUUCUACUUUCAGGACCUGCACCUCGAUUCCGUGCGACCAUCGUGGAUGCGAUUCCGACAAAGCGACGAAGAGUGUGAUUUGCACGAACCUGGGCAAAGUGAGAAGGGUAUGUCGUGCCCCUGCUACCUUGGCAACAUCGACCUCGCAGCUCUUUUGAAUCACAUCUGCCGGCUGCAGGGGCUCAGCAUGCCGAAGCUCAAAUGGACACAAAUAAGAGCGCAUUUCAACUAUGGCUCCCUGCUGGAAUUGAUGCUGCGUGGGCAUCGGCUGCUGCCUAUUCUACUUUGGAUGAAGUCGUGCCACCGGGAAGCAGGAGUUUCCCUCAUGUCUUUCUUUCAAGGCCAGGGUGAGCUUGGUAUGGAGAAGAAUGGGCUGUACAUGGCGUACAACGCAGUGGAUGUGCUUGGUCUGAACUUGAUCGUGGAGCAGAUCAGCGGCGCUGAAGACAAACAGCUCGUGGCACGCAUGCUCAUCGACUACUCCCAGGGUACAGUAUGUUCAGGCCCAUCGGACCGGCUUGUACCACAACGGGCAUCUCCGCCGGAAAGGUACUAUAUUCAAGAACUGAAAGGACCCACACCUGUCCCCUUGUUUGACGACAGCCCAAAAGACUUCAUCCGCAAGCCGUUCGAUGCCAGUCAAAUACCGCCUAACGCUCCAAAAAUCAUCACGGACGCAUCAUUGUUUGCGACGGACACCUUGCACUUCUGGGAGCACGAAGAGCGAUUGCAGAUGAGCCGCAAGCUUUUGCGAAACGGAACCAUUGGAAAGGGCGUUUUUCAGACAUCUAUAUACCAGCUGCCCUCCCAAGCCGAACGUGAUGGGCAGAAGCGCCUCAAGGAUGAGCUUUUGAGGCAAAUGACAGACCCAACGAGGUUUUGGGUCCCGGAGACAUGCGCGGUCAUUCUAGAGGAUGAGCAUUCGGAACCCAUCGUCCGGGCCGGCAUUUCGCACGCAGAAGCACUGAUCAACUUCCUCAAAUCACCAAAGGCGGCAGGUCUACUCCCACCUCGAGCGUUCGGUCAGGAAUAUAGACAUUCACAAAACCGUCCAAGGGCUCUCCCCAAGUCUCUUGGUGGCGUCAUUCCAGGUGGUCACACGCCAGCUGCACGCAAUAUCUUCGACGCUUUUCCAAAACAUGAUGAUAAGCAAGCCGUCGGCGAUGACCUUGGAGAGCCGGUAGAGCUACCAAAGCCACCAAAAUGUAUCUCGAGCGACACGAUCUCAAUGAAAGCUCGAGCAGAGAACAUGAUCAUGAUGAAGAGAACCAGAGGAGUCCCCAACGCCGAAUACGAAGUCCGCGCCGAGCUUGCACAGCAAGUCGUAGAGGAAUAUCGUCUGAAUGCCGAUGAGGGGCUGCCAAGUACUACGGACUUUCGCGACGUUUGGGAUCCAGAGGGUCUAGAGUACAGAAAGAUGGUGGAGGCUAGCCCUGAGUGGAACAAGCCCGCCAUGGAGGUGCCCCAGACGAGGCCGAAUGAGGGAUGGAUGUCAGUGGCGACUGAGACAUUGGGAGUGGUGAACAGGAUCAUUGAAUGGCAGGAAACUUGGCAGUACAAGAGUUGGUGGUAG